UUUCUUUAUUCUCCAUUUAACUGUUCUCACUAUUUCACAUAAAAAUAAUAUGAAUAAUAUGGAUGAAAAUUUACAGCAAUCGCUUAUUUAUAAUAAUACCAGCAUUGAAACUGGUGAAUCAUUUGAUUUUUCUACCACAAUUCAACAAACUACGCAAAGUCAAGAAUCUUCAAUAACGUCCCAUGGAAAUGUGAUCGAUGUAGCAGCACAUACUAUGCAACAUCAGCAGAUUUUACAAGUUUUAAAUUAUUUAAAAUUUUAUUACUUUUCACCUAAUGAUGUCAAUUUUUAUCUUGUAAUUUGUAAAAUCAUUUUACAAGAUUCUUUUAAUGAUCAUAAUCAUUAUGAUCAUGAAUUUUUUUACCAGCAUCCAAGUUAUCCCACUAUAAGAUAUCAUGUUUCUUGUAAGUUACUUUCAUACUCACUAGUAGAAAACAUUUUGAAUAAUGAAAUGUGUGGAAUAAAUUUUGAUACAGAAUUAUUAAGCACAAAUGACGUUGGGAAUAAUGAAAUGAUAACACAAACCGUUUCAUCAAUGGCAGGCAAUCAAAAUUAUAAUGAUAGUGAUUUUUCAAGUAAUGAACAUAUUACUCACCAAGAUACAAAUGGGCUGGCAACAAGAAUAUUUCAAUAAUUUUGAGCUUCGACAAAAUAAUUUCAUAUAAAUUCGUAUACGUAUUAUAAAC